UUUCCAAUUCCGGCUCCAGUCCCUCCUAAGCCCUGGGGCUCUGCAGCUGGCUACCCACCCUCCCGGAUCAUGUUUUCCAUUGUGGCUUGGCUGCUGCUUCUCAUGGCCCCUGGGUCCCCCUGGGAGACAGGGGAAGUGUCCGAAGGAAACGAGAACAGAUACUAUUCCAAGUCUGACCAGUGCUUCCAGUCCCUCAAGGGUGAGGCACAUGCUCUGAACCUUGGACAGAGAUGGGGAGACUCUUAUCCUGCAGCGACGAUGUUGCUUGAUCUGGAAUCAGUGACAAGCGCUACCUCCUUCUUUGACUUCCGCACCUUGGACCCAGAAGGCCUGAUUUUCUACGGGGACACGAACCCCAGCGUGGACUGGUUCAUCCUGGCCUUGCGCCAGGGGAAACUCGAAAUGCAAAUCCACAACAACAUCACGAAGAUCACCGUGUCUGGGGGGCAGCGGCUCAACGACGGCCGGUGGCAUCGGAUCCUGGUGAAGAAUGAAGGACACACUGUCCUGUUAGAGUUGGACGGUGAAGACUACCUGACGCUUAACCACGUUUCCCAUUCUAUCAUCGAAGAGCACAUCUCCUUAAUGCGCAUUGGGGUCGGAGGCUUGCUCAUCCCCAUGCAGGAGCUGCUGGUUCCGCUGAACACAGCCAUGGACGGAUGCAUAAGGCACUGGAACUGGCUAAAUAAGACCUCAGAGUGGCAGGAAGCUGCAUCCCUGGAGGACAAAGGCAUCAAAGGCUGUUUCCCCACCAUCCGGCCUGGCAGCUUCUUUCCAGGAGAUGGACUGGCCACCUUCUCUCUGUCAGCUCUCCCCACAGGACUCAACUCAGCCAGUGGGAGCUGGUCCCUGACGGUGGAGAUGUGGGUCAAGGCAGCCCUGCAGUCGGCGACUCUGAUGGCUGUCUCCGCCCCGAGGCAGACGCCGGUGUUCCGCUUGGACGUACAGCACACGGACUUGGUGCUCCAAGUGGGUAAUCGGACCACCACUCUGCCCGGGCUGCUCCCCGAGGGCUGCCAGGAGUCCCAUCUCCUCCUGCGCUUCGCGCCGACUCACCUGGCGGUGGUCCUGGAAGAUGAUGAGAUCCUCCUGCCAGCCUUGGAUGACGACGUUGAAAGCCUGCAGCAGCUCUGGCUGGACAAGAAGGGAGACCUCGUCAUUGGGGGGUUGCCUGGGCAGAAAUUAUCUGUACCAGCCCAGGAGGGACAUUAUUUCCGCGGCUGCCUGCGUGGGAUAAAGGUGCAAGGCCAGGAGCUGGACUUCGACUCAGCCCAAUUCAGGAGCAACUCCAUCUGGGCACACAGUUGCCCCGGAGGCGAUGGGGGCAAAAUCAGCGCAGACCUCAAGCAUUAAACGGCGUGCUGCGGCAACAACGCAAGGUCCCUUUUUGUCAGCAGCACGACUGUCCGACGCCAAAAAAAGAAGAGAGCAAUUUGCAUAACAUUUACCUAUGCAAAUCUAUGGGUGUAGGUGCUAACUUAGAAAUAGUAACUGUCAUUUAAGUAGAAGUUCGACACAUCUCAACUGUGACCCAGCGUGCCGCGAAGUGUGACGGGUUGACUUCGAGACCCCGACUGAAGGCUCUUUAUCUUGGAGCAGACCCCUCUUCAAAUAGACCACUGUCUUCUGCCAGUUCACCAAAAGAUAAAGGCUGUCCUCUGCAGAGGAGGGCAGCUGGCCAACGCUUUUGGGCAGGAAUAAUAAAAUGAAAUAAAGCGUCUACAGUUUAAAA